CGCAGACGAAGGUUUCAGUCGCCGGUUGAACAAGUCAUCGUUGUUCGCCUUUUCUGUCGCUGCUGGUCUAUGUUCGAUAGUAAAUUGGCUCUCGAGGUCCCUGAGGUCCAUGUUUCAUUCUGGAUUGUUUAGUUCCUCCUUACAGAGCGAUUAAAAGCUGAAGGUGUUCCAGUAACAUUGGUCGGGAACAUUAAUGCAUAACAUUGUAUUAAAGUAUGACAUCCUCAACCCAUCUCCAACCCAAUGCAGAAGCAGGUUCUACCCAACUUUCCAUGCUAUAUUUCAGAAGUGAAUUGUUGCAACAAUUGUGCCAAGUGGUCCGUGUGCCACAAAUUAAGGUCUGAACCAGUAGAAUUGAAGACUAUUCAUUUGAAAGUGAAAUAUCUAUUGGCUGCAACUAGUUUACUUGGAUCUGCUAUUAUUUUGGAUUCUUAACAGUUCUCAAAAUAAGAAUGAAGAAUCAAGCAAGAUGAAUAUUUUGUCAUCAUGUAUUCAGGCAUUAAAUAUUUUCCUUCUUUUUUGAAAGGCAGUAUUCACCUCAUGAACCUCUUUAAAUGUUUGUCCACUUCAUCUGUAAGAUUUUGUAGUCAAACAAAGCAACAAGUAUUUUUCUUUACAACAUGUUUUAGAAAUGUAUGCAUUGUUCCUUAUUCCCAGGGAAGCACUCAGUCAUGGAGGUUUUUUGCCAGCAAGGAUCUUCUGAAAGCAGAGCGAAAGAACUGGAGGAUUUGUUCAGAAAAAUACAUAGAUUUGAGAGAGAGAAUUAAACAAAAAUUAGAAAAACACUAUGACAGUCAUUCAUCAGGUCUAAAUAGCCUGAUGAUUAAGUAUGGAGACUAUAUUUACUUUGAAGAAAAUGGCUGCAUAUUUCGUUCAAAGCUAGGAGAAGUAGAUGAAGAGAACUAUGAAGCAUUACUUAGCACAGAAGCUCUACCCUUUGAAAAUUCUUUUAUCCAGCAAAUUCGAAUUUCCCCAGAUCAUGGAUAUAUGGCUACUGGAAUUAAAAGUGCCAGCUCUGAAGAAUAUGCUUGUAUUAUUGUAAAACUACAUCCAAUAUCAAAAGUGGAAUGUGUUAUCCCAAAUGCAUUUAGCUUUGAAUGGGCUACACAUGAGAUUCUGUUCUAUACCAUCCAAAAGAAUCUUCAGUGUCAUACUGUAUACUUGUCUGAUUUUAAUAAAAAGCAUUCUGAAUUGGUGUAUACAGAAAGUGAUGCAAGGUACUUUGUGGAUCUCUACCGCACAAAGGAUAAACAUUUUAUUACUAUAAAUAGUAAUAGCAAGACCACUUCUGAAGUAUGGUUGGUAGACUGUCGUUGUCCUUUUAAAUCUCCUGUUCUUGUGCAAAAACGAACCAAAAAUAUCAUUUAUCAUGUGGAGCAUCGAAACAAUGAGCUAUAUAUUCCUACUACAUAUGGAAAUCCUAUGGGGUACAAGCUGAUGAAAGCUCCAGUUGGUUCAUGUGGUUUGGAGAAUUGGCAGCCCAUUUACACAGUAAAAGAAAACACCAAAUUAAUCGACUUAGAUAUGUUCAGAGAUCACUGUGUGAUCUUUCUAAAACUUGGUGGUGAACUCUAUUUGGAUAUUAUUUCUCUUGUAUCGAAUACAGUUGAAAAUGUUAAGCUACCUGCUUGGGCCUGUUCACUAGAAUUGGAACCUAAUUCUGACUAUACUGCCAACACUUGCUAUUUUUGGCUCAUGUCUCCUCUUCAGUCUCCAGUUCGUUUUGCAUAUUCAUUGAUGGAAAAGAGCCUUAUUGAAUUUACUGAGCAAGAAGUACCAAUUACAGAAAAUUGUAAAACUGUACGUCUAGAAGCUAAGAGCAAGGAUGAAACUUGGGUACCAAUUACAGUUUUUUAUAAAAACAAUUCUUCACAGCUGCACAAGAUGCCACUUCUGGUCCAUGUUUAUGGAGCUUAUGGAAUAGAUUUGAGCAUGACAUUUAAAGCAGAGAAUCUAAUGUUAAUCAAAGAUGGGUGGAUAUUAGCUUUUUGCCAUGUUAGGGGUGGAGGAGAAUUGGGCUUGAGAUGGCAUAAAAAUGGUUGUAUGAUGAAGAAACACAAUGGUAUCCAAGACCUCCAGGCCUGCAUCACGUUAUUGCAUGAACUUGGAUAUUCUCAGCCUAUGCAAACAGCCUUAAUGAGCAUGAGUGCUGGAGGAGUUCUUGCAGGUGCCCUCUGCAAUAUUGCACCUCAUCUUAUCAGAGCUGUGGUUUUACAGGCACCUUUUCUAGAUAUUUUAAAUACAAUGCUGGACCCUUGUCUUCCUUUGACUAUUGAGGAACAAGAAGAAUGGGGAGAUCCAGUGGGAGACGAGUCCUGCAAAGAAUAUAUUAAAAGUUAUUGUCCAUACCAAAAUAUUAAGCCACAGAAUUACCCUUCUCUUUUUAUCACAGUUUCUGAAAAGGAUCAACGAGUUCCCAUGGCAGGGUUGUUAAGAUACAUCAAUAAACUUAGAAAAGCUGUACAAGAUCAUGCCAAAAGCAACAAUUCAGAUGAUAAAGGAUCUCCUCAGAUGCCUAAUAUUAUCUUAGAUAUUCAACCAGGAGGCAGCCAUUGUUCUCCAAUGUAUGAGGAUUCUUUAAAACAGGUUGCAACACAACUAGCAUUUCUAUAUAGUGAGCUUGGACUUGACAAGCAGGAGUGAAGCCAGACUGGAAUUUUUGUCCCUUUUGCAAAGGAGAGGAAAAUGAUUUGGUUAAAUAUUCAGAAUUACCUGCCCAUGUGAUUUCUCUAGAACUUUUAACAUAUUUUGUAAACUAAAUUUAUCCUGUGUUUUCCUGAAGAAAAGGCAAGACACUUCUCCAAGUUCAGACGGCUUUCUUAACCUCAAUAAAAUUGUUUGUUUGAA